AGCCUCGAAUCCACCGAGCUUUGCGCCCAGCCCUUCACGGCUCGUGAUCGAAAGCGAUGGUCAUGGCACGGUGCAUGGCGCUGGCACUCCUGACAGUGGCUUCAGCAUGGGAAUGCCCCAGCGGCUAUGGAGGGCCCAAAGAAUGUUUGGGCGAAGACGGGCUUUGUGACCUGGAGAAGCCAAUGAAUGUGGCCGUGGAAAGCUGCAUGGAGCCCAAAAGCCAGGAGAAAAUGGAGAAGGGAAGCUAUUGGAAAGGCUGUGGCCUGCAGGAUGGAGGCUUGGAUGAUGCAUGCUGCAACUGCUGGCCUUUGACACAGAGCUCUCAAAGCGCUCAGAGCUCUUUGCGCACAAGUACCGCAGAAUUCUGCCCCUGGAAAAGCCACAAUUGUGAAGGCGUUUGCUGCGUGCACCACUUCUGGUGCUGGGGAUCUCACAUUGGCUGCCUCAUUAAGAGCGAGUGCCCUUGUGACUGAGAGGCGCGAGAGUCCUGACGCUGAAUUCAUGGUCUAAGAAGGACUUAAGCUGAGUUCCAGGGCCCGGGCCCGUGCCAGUCGAUGAAGCAUGGAGUGGAAACCGUCUUGCAAUCAUCAUCACUAUUUUGGUUUGCCCUUGGAGACUCUUGGGUGCUGCUGUUUCAUCACGGAGGUAGCCGUAGGCACCUUCAGUCAGAUGCUGGAAAUAGUGUUCUCCAAAGUGAGGGCUGGCAGCAGCUAAGCUUGCAAGAUUGCGAGCCUGCAAACAGACUUGCAUAAAUAGACCGAGCUCCCCUUGUGGUUCUGAUGCCGCUUGUCUGACUUCUCAUCAGUAAAGCAAGCCGAC